AGCUAAAAGAGGAUAGAAUAGCAGGCAUGAAAGGCAAUCCUCUUUGAAACAAAAAUCAAUCCCUGUGACUGAGAACUGAAUUAAAGCUCAUACUGUGAAAAUAAGAAGAUGCUGUUGAUUCUUUGUCCCUAUAAUUCCCUUUGUUUUCACAAAUGUACAUUACAUGUCACUGAUUUCUGCAACACCUUGAAGAACAAACCACAUACGAACCCCAUGAAACCCCCAUCUCCAACACCCCAACAUUUUUUCCCUUACACAAAUAAAUUUGCAAUUUUGGGUGCUACCCAUGUUGCAUUUUGCUCAAGGAAUGAGGAAUUUGAUGGGUUUUCAAGUAACAAGUUAUCUCAAGAGGUAGUUGAUGAUAGAAUCCAAGAGCAUGGAACGCUUGAGUUGAUGAAAAAGCCUUCACUGGUUCCUGAAAAUGGGUCGUCUUCCGAGGUUGAUAUGGACAGAGAGAAAUCUUCCACAGAAGAUGAGGCUUUCACACCCUUUUUGAAGUUCUUCACAAGAAGUGAUUCUGUGGUGGAGGUAAAAGAAGAUGUUGAGGUGUUAGAAGUUUGUGAUGAAAGAGACAAGAUAGAUGAUGAGAGUGAAGAAGCUAAGAAGGUUAAUGCUGAGUGCUAUGAGCCCAAACCUGGGGAUUUUGUGGUAGGUGUUGUUGUUUCAGGUAAUGAAAACAAGCUCAAUGUCAAUGUUGGAGCAGAGUUACGAGGGACAAUGUUGACAAAGGAGGUGCUUCCCUUGUAUAGUAAAGAAAUGGAGUACUUGUUAUGUGAUGUGAACAAGGGUGAAGAGAAUUUUAUGAUUCAGGGGAGGAUGAGAAUUCUGAAGAAUUAUGAUGCAAUAAAUGGAGUACCAGUUUCAGGAAGUACUGUUGUAGAGAUUGGUACCAUUUUGUUUGCUGAGGUUCUGGGAAGAACACUUACUGGUAGGCCAUUGCUUUCUUCUAGAAGGCUCUUCCGCCGGAUUGCCUGGCACCGCCUGAGGCAGAUAAAACAGCUGAGUGAACCUAUAGAGGUUAGAAUCACAGAGUGGAAUACUAGGGGCCUGCUAACAAGGAUUGAGGGUUUGCGAGCUUUCCUACCUAAAGCUGAGCUUAUGAAAAGAGUAAAUAGCUUUGCUGAAUUGAAAGAAAAUGUAGGACGUUGUAUGUAUGUACAAAUUACUCUAGUAGAUGAAGCUAAAAGCAAUUUGAUACUUAGUGAGAGGGAAGCUUGGGAAAAACUAUAUCUUCGAGAAGGAACCCUUCUUGAAGGGACCGUGAAAAAGAUACUUCCUUAUGGAGCCCAAAUAAGGAUAGGAGAAACGAAUAGAAGUGGAUUGCUGCAUGUUUCAAAUAUCACCAGAGGUGAAAUUACUUCUGUUAGUGACGUACUUUUCGUUGAUGAGAAGGUUAAAGUUCUCGUGGUGAAGUCAGUAUUUCCUGAUAAAAUUUCUCUAAGCAUCGCAGACCUUGAAAGUGAACCUGGCCUGUUACUAUCCAAUAAAGAGAGAGUAUUUAUGGAGGCUGAUAUGAUGGCAAAGAAAUACAAGGAAAAGCUACAUCAUGCUAUUAUCACACAACAACCAGAAACCCUUCCAAACGGUGCCCUGCCUUUUGAAAAUGAAGCACUUUAUGCUAACUGGAAGUGGUUCAAGUUUGAGAAAUAAUGAUGAAACAAAUUAAUCUUGAAAGCAUAAAAUCAUUCACAGAGAACAUGACAUUGCAUGGAACAUCCAGUUCCAAAACUCUUGGCCAUCAUUCUUAGAAGAAAACAUUAUGAGCCUCAGACGGAAAAGAUUUUGAUUCAGUCGUUAUUCUCUUGAUGAGUUGGUUUGGCAUGCAUUACGUAGAACGCACAAGCCAUAACGGAUGUGGUUAAAUAGAUCAUCAAAGUGUUAUUAGCUUUCAGGUUUUUUUGCCCCUUUAGUUUUUUUUAAUAACUUUUUUAGCUAUCUUCUUCGCUUGUCGUUUUAUGGAUAGAGAAUCGUGUAGUUAUAUGAAAAUUUAUUUGGAGUUAU